CUGGAGUCGAGCUCUUCCUCUCAGCACAGAGGAAAGAAUGACAGCAGUGGACAUGUGCAGCCAAAGUUAAUGCCCCACCUAUUACUCUGACCAGGCAAACACACAGGGAGGUUCAUCUCAACUCCUCAACAUGAGGGGACAUUGGGUGAUAAAAAGGAUUCCUUUGCCGUGGUUUAGCAGGGACAAGUCACAGAAUGAGUCCUCACCCCUCAUACCAAAGGCAAGCUCUGCAAAAGAGGAUGCCGAGGAGGUUGAUCUUGUCACUCCGGAUUGUAUGGAAGCGGGGACAACCAAAGGACAAGACCACAACAACUCUAACAGUUAUUCUUUAAUUGACUAUUUCCUCAAAUAUUUCCUGUUCCUGUGCAACUUUAUGUUCACAGUUCUGGGCCUCGUGGUUCUCGGUCUGGGGAUGUGGGGCCUCGUCAGCAAAGAGUCAUUUGCUCAGGAGAAGGUCGGCAGUAUCGGUACUGACCCCAUGCUGAUACUUGCGACUCUGGGCCUUGUGCUCACCUUGCUCUGCCUGUCAGGCUGUGUGGGCACGUUAAGAGAGAACUGCUGCUUACUGAAGCUGUUCUCCGCUGUGGUGCUGGUGCUCAUCACGGCCCAGGUGCUGGCUGCCAUCAUGCUCUACAGUCUACAGGAUCAGAUUGGAAACUAUCUCCGGUCAGGAAUGUUGACCGCCAUGGUGCACUACCAGGAUGAUCUGGAUCUGAGGUUCAUCACAGACGAGAUCCAGUCCAAUCUGCAGUGCUGCGGGGCAGAUAACUACCGCGACUGGGACGUCAACAUAUAUUACAACUGCUCAGCUCCAGGAGUGCUGGCCUGUGGCGUCCCUGCGACUUGCUGUGUGGACCCUUUGGAAAACGGCACAGUGUGGAAUUCUCAGUGUGGUGUUGGAGCCCAGCUGCUUGACGAGUUUACUGCUCAGAGUGUCAUCUUCCUGGGUGGCUGUCUGGGGGGAAUCUCUCGCUGGAUCGAGCAGCACAAUGGCUUGAUCGGGACAGUCGCCGUUGUCAUAGUGGGCGUCCAGAUUUUGACUCUGUUAAUCACUACACGACUGCUGGAGACCAUACAGAGGCAUUGAGUAUUAUGACAUAGACUGACGUGUGAUAUUUAAGUAUUCCUGACUGAUUUGGAGUGAGAAACAUGGCAGGUGGUGACAGACAUGAUUGAUUCAGCAGAGGAAACAUCAAGGUUUUCAGAGAGAUCGAAUGUAAGGCAUUCAAAUUACAAACCUCAAGUGAGUCAGUCACACUUGACCUAAUUAUCACUGUAUGUGCCUUAUACCAUCAUUCUUCUGUAAAAACCUUAACUUCUCCGGAAAAACACGUUAUUGGCUACAUGUUUACUUCAGCAAAAGACCAUCAAAUUAGAUCAUAAAUCAGACACAAUCUCCAUAAAGGUUGAAAACUGGUCUAAUAACGUAAUAACUAACAAUAACUGUUUUGCUCAUAAACACUUGUUUUAUGAGCGACUGUUGUCAUUAGCUCUUGGUGAACAUUAACAUCUUUCUUAAAGAAAGUCUAUUUGAUUAUGUGUGAACUGGAUGAAAGGUGAACUGUGAACAGACAAUAGACUAGCGACAACAUGUAAAACCGCAAUUUGUCAUUUGUAGAAUUGUUGUGUAAUAUUUAUUGGAGAUACAACAUCCAGCAUGUUGGCUUGUGAGCUUUAGAGCAGCUGGAAGGCAGAUUGUGUUGUUUGGGCAAAGUCAGACUAGCGGUUUCCCCUGUGUCCUUUCUUUAUGCUAAGCUAAGCUAAGCUAACUAGCUUGCAACUAUACAGACAUGUGCGCUAAAUCUUAUACUCUAAUCAUAAACUGUUUCUAUAAGUUUCAGGGAAGGCCCUUUGAAUUUGACCCUUUACACAACCAUGAUCAUUGUGUGAUCACAAUAUGGCACAGUUCUUUUUUUAAAAAAAGGGACAGAUCAAAGCAGUGCAAUAAAAAUAACGUCAUGUUUCAAACAUGUUGACAUUGUCUGAUUACAGCAACAAUUCAGUUUAUCAAAGAGGAAAAUGAGGAGGAAGGAAAAAAAACUUCAGUUUUUUGGGGGUUUUUUUUAAAAAAAAGGUCAAACUUUAUUCUGCAUUUGAUUACAACAGUAUGCUGUAUGCUGAAAGUUGUAAUGAAACCUAAAGCCAGUAAAAAAAAGUUACAGCUUCCAUAGCACAUGGUUGUGAUUUAAUGUAUAAAACAACUUGGACAAAAAUCAGCAUCCACAAUACACACUUAACAUACUUUACAUCAAGCCACGAUUGAUAAUUCCGACUGGCAUUGAAAGCCCCAUCUGGUCCCGUUGGUGAAUAUAAACAUUUGUUUUACA